AUGAGCAUCGCAGCUCUCUCACCCGUGGCCCCCGAGCCUCCGUCCCCGAUGGUCACCUCCGUCACCCCGACCCUGGACCCCGACACCUCCACCUCCCCCGCUGCUGUCAGCCUGGACCCGGAGCAUCAGUCUCAGGACGGGGCCUCGUCGCCCGGCCCGGGCCCCAGCAGAGGCAGCCUCACCGGGGGAGGAGCUCACCUGGGCAGAGACCCCUCCCACAGGUCAAAGAAACCUCCGCCCCUCCACACGGGAGCCGACUGGAAGGUCGUCCUCCACCUGCCGGAGAUCGAGACGUGGCUGAGAGCGACCAGCGACAGAGUCACGCAGCUCACGCACUCUGUGGGACAAGACAGCGACAACAGACACGUUGACGUCCACCUGGUGCAGCUGAAGGACGUCUGUGAGGACAUCUCGGACCAUGUGGAGCAGAUUCAUGCUCUGUUGGAGACCGAGUUCUCCCUGAAACUGCUGUCCUACUCCGUCAACAUCAUCGUUGACAUCAGGACGGUGCAGCUGCUGUGGCACCAGCUCCGAGUCUCCGUUCUGGUCCUGAAGGAGCGUCUGCUGCAGGGCUUACAGGACUCCAACGGAAACUACACCCGCCAGACCGACAUCCUGCAGGCCUUCAGCCAGGACCAGCACCAGACUCGCCUGGACGCUCUGACGGAGGUGGACGACUGCGGUCAGCUGACUAUUCGCUGCAGCCAGGACUACUUCUCUCUGGACUGUGGCAUCACCGCCUUCGAGUUGAGCGACUACAGCCCCGGUGACGAGCCCGAGACCCGGGAAUCUGAGCCAGACGGCGAGGACCCCUCCCAGGAGCUCGAUCAAGCUCAAGACCCUAAUCCAGAACCGGGGCCAGAAGAGAGCGAAGGAUCCCGCCUCUCAAACCACCAACUCCAUAACAGUUUACCUGAACUCGCCACGCUCGCCGACUCAACAAACCACAACCAUUCUCCGUCAAUGUUACCCACAAUGCAAUGUGGCAUGUCCAACCAAAGUGAAAGUGCGAAGCGGCCUCUGCAGGGCGUGAGCCACAGCACCGAAGUGUCGCCCACGCAGCCGUCACUUCCCAAGAGAGCCGCUCUGUUCUCAGACGGAGGAACCAGGCUGGAGGACUCCAGGGGAGGUCUGGGGAAGGUCAGCCUGCUCUCUGGGCUCCAGUUCCAGGCCGAGCUCAGUCGGAGCACCCCUUCUCUCAUGGAUCCUCCAGACCGCUCCAAGUUCUGGUUGGAGCUGGACUCGGUUUAUCCAGAAAACGUUUCCCAGUCCUACGAGAGUCUGCAGGUCAUGAACGGGCGCAACCUCCAGAGAAACCAUGUGAGCUCCAGACGCUCUCAGGGGAGCGUCCAGAGACCGCUAACCGACCCGAGGAGCUCAUCUGGGGCCAGACCGACCGCCGACGCCCCCCUGCCUCUCCAAGACCCGGCGUCUCAGGAUGAAAUAGCAGAACAAAUGGAGAGGACGCGGAGGGAGACACAUGCACACAGUGAGGGGGAGUCUGACUCCUCGUUGCCCUCCCCCAUGAGGGAGCAGUUCCUCUCCUCAGACCAGGAGGCAUCCGGAGAGGAGUCCGACCCCCGACCGCGUCACGGCAAGACGGCGGUCUGGAUCAUGAAGCGCCAGGGCCAGAAGGUUUCUUCCCGAGCCAGCCCAGACAGAGAGCACUGGUACGGGUCAGAGGAGUUCCUGGCUCUCCCCGCUCAGCUCCGGAAGACGGAGAUGCUCGCUAUGAAGCUGGAAAGUCUGACUCACUCCAUCCCGCUGAGGUCCGGUGGCUGUGACUCUACCCAGGAGGCUCUGCAGGAUGUGGAUGACUGGGAACUGACGGAGCUCAAUCAAGACUGGGACGUAGGGGAGAGCGGGGACAACAUGAGCAGCGUAGGGGAGAGCGGGGACGACAUGCCUUCUGUUCUUCCGCCGCUGCGUCCUUACAGACGAAACCUGGUCAGCCGCUUUAGCUCCACCUCCUCCAGCGAUAUCGCUCCCUCAUUGGACGAAAGCAUCGAGUCCGGUCCACUGAGUGACCUGCAGUCUGAAGACGACGAAGGACGGAGGUCUGCGGACCGCCGCCUGCAGCUGACGGCGCCCCCGGUGGACAUGCGUGGAGGUGCGUCCCUGGUGCACCAGCUGCUGGAGGACAUUCAGAGUCAGGACAACGACCCCGCCAUCUGGAAGAAGAUCGAGUGUUUCGUGCAACAGUUGGACGGGUUCAUCUCGUGGCUGCAGGAGGCGCUGGACAGCACCGAGAACUGGACGCAGCCCAGACAGGAUCUGGACAGCCUGAGGGUGUACCUGGACACACACCUGAGCUUCAAGCUGAACGUGGACAGUCACAGCGCUCUGAAGGAGAGCAUCAUGGAGGAAGGCAGAGCGCUGCUCACCGUCAUCACCUCCCACCAAUCAGGUCUGAAGGAUAUCCUCCAUAUGGUUUCCACCCAAUGGGAUCAGCUCCAGCGGCAGAUCCGGCGCCAACACGGCUGGAUGCUGCGCGCCCUCCGCUGCAUACAGGCACGCCUCCUCUACACCAACCAAUCAUACGAGCCCUUCGCAGCCUCGGGGGACCCGUCAGCCAAUCGGCAGGCUCCGUGCCCAUCGGACGGCCUCAAGGCUGAGCCGAUCCCCAGUCAGUGUGAAGCCCAGCGAGCCGCCCUGGCAGAGCAGAUGGCUCUCAGACUGAGCAGCCUGCACUACCCCUCAACCGCCAGCAGGAGGCACUACAGUCAGCUGGCCAGGAACAACAGUCUGCAGGAGUUUGAGGCCGAGUACCAGGAGCUCUGGGAUUGGCUGAUGGACAUGGACGCCAUGGUAACAGACAGUCACCAGCUGAUGAUGUCAGAGGAGCAGAGACAUCACCUCUUCAAGAGCAGCCACGCUGAGCUGAUGAUGAUGGAGAGCAGGAAGACCAGCCUGCUGGGCCGAGCCGAGUCUCUGAAGAGGAGCGGGACCGCGCUGCCCGCCAACUUCCACCGCAAGAUACACAACCUGACGCACACCUGGAGGCAGCUGGAGAAAAUCCUCUCGGAGCAUUCAGGACCCGGCUCCUCUUCUUCCCAGCAGAACCAGUCGGCCAACAUGAACUCGUUGCUGGUCGACGGUCGAGGCGUCGCGGUGGAGAACCCCCGCUCGGCCCUCUCCCCGCUGACCAACUCGCUGCUGGAGCAGCUGGAGGCCCGUAUCAAAGAGCUGAAGGCCUGGCUGAGAGACACCGAGCUCCUCAUCUUCAACUCCUGCCUGGGACGGGACAAAGACGCCUCGGAGCAGCUCCACAGCUUCAAGUCUCUGUGUUCGGAGGUGAAAGCCCGACGCCGAGGAGUCGCCUCCGUUCUUAAACUCUGCCAGAAGCUGCUGCAACAGAGCCAGUCGGGCCCCAUGGCGGAGGUGGGCCCAGAGGCGGAGCAGCACCGGGAGGCCCUGCAGCUGCUGUCGAUCAACCUGGAGAGGAGGUGGGAGGCGAUCGUGAUGCAGGCGCUGCAGUGGCAGAACCGACUGAAGAGAGAGCUGGGAGAGCAGCAGGUUCCUGGGAGCGUUCUGGAACCGGGUCUAGUCGACCUCCGCCAGAUCAGCCCGGUCCCGGUCGGUCCCGUGGCCCCGCCGCCAGAUGACUCGUGGGAAUGGGAUGAAACCGAUAUGACAAUCACAGAGCUGGAUCCACAAGAAGUACCAGACCACGACCUUAUGCACGACCUCCACUCAGAACCAUACCUGCCUUCGGACACCAGACUGUCUAACGGGAAUCAACCGGACGGGACUGGAACCAGCGUCCCAACCAAUCAGAGUCCUGAGAUGAUGAGGGGUGGAUCUUCAUCAGAAGUUCAGCCCAGUGUGAUCUACCAAACUCUUCCUCCUAACAACAACAACAUCUACCAGGUGUACAGCCUCCACACUGUGGAACUCUACAAACAGCCUCAGUUUCCUCUCUCUUCCUCCUCGAUGCACAAAACCAAAUCAGGGAAACGCAAACAGCACCUCCUGCUGAAGAGCCUGAGUAAGGACUCCUCCUUCUCCUCCAUCGAGUCCCUCCCGGACCUCCUGGGAGGUUUGACGUCAAACGGCCGACGGGGAAACGUCGGAUGCCGGGACGGGGAGAACGAGAGGGAGAGCGGCAGAGGAAGCGGCCAGUCGGCGAGGAGUCGGCGGUCCGAGAGCGAGAGCGGGAUCGUUAGCGAUACAGGAGACACGGAGACAACGACGACGACCUCAGAUAUCCAGGGAGAGGAGGAGGUGGAUCAGGGAGAAGAGGAGGAGGAGGAGGAGGACGAGGAGGAACAGAAGCAUCAUUUGGCUCUGCACAAAGACAAUGUCACCAGGUACAACCAAAGAAGCAAGAAGGAGGAGAGUGUGAAGGAGAAAGGAUGGAGGAGGGAUGAAAUGAGAAGAAACAGAGAAGAGGAGAAGAGGAGGAGGCCCAGGAGGGGAGGAGGUGAGGCGGUUGAGAUCCUCAUCAACGGGCGAGGAAUCCUGACUCCCGCUGACUCCGACUCUGACUUUGAGGUGGGAGGCGUGGACUCCUCCAAGUCCUUUAUGUCCCGCAGUGACAUCACAGAGUUCAGAGUGGACCAGUUGAGCGGUUUGGAGACUCCUCCUGCUCUCAGCCGCCGGGCCUCCAGUCCGGUUCUGUCUCAGAGCUCCUCUCUGGAGUCCAUGCUGGCUCUGGGAGGGGAGUUAUUCCCCUCAAAGGACCAGCUGCAGCGUAGCGCCUCCCUGGAGAGCUGCCUGGUCCCGUGUCGUAGCGCCGAGGAGACGGGAGGCAGCCUGGCCAGCCUCGGGGAGCUGGACCUGGGACAGAGCAGGGAGGUGGGAGGAGGUGAACCAGGAGAGGAGAAGAACAACCAAAGUGUGCAAGGAGAAGCGUCCUCUGGAGAGCUGAGCCGGAGAACUCUGGACCUCCUGAAGCGCUUGGAGAACAUCCAGAGUCCUCUGGCGGCACAAAUGACCCGCAGUGUUUCUGACAUGACGCUCCGGAGCAGCUCCCUGCAGCAGAGCAGACUCCCCGCCUCGCCCUCCCUCGGCGGUCGUCACGCACCCCUUUCCGGGAUAUCUGGCUGUUCGCGUAAAGGACCGCCGUCCCUGAUCAACGAGAGCUCUGCGACGGCGUCGCUGACAGAGCUGAGCAGCACCGAGGACUCGUCUCUGGGCUCUGAAGAUUUCGCGAUGCUCAGAAAUCAGCGCCACCUCUUCCUGGAUCCCGUCGCGGCAGCCAACGCCAACUCGAGCUCUUAUAGGAAGCGUUGCCACGGAAACAGCCGAGCUGGGAUGGAUGAAGCGGACGCGGCGAGCUUGAGCCUGGUGGUGAACGUCUCCUGUACGUCGGCGUGCACGGAUGAAGACGAGGACGACAGCGACCUUCUGUCUUCCUCCACGCUCACGCUCACCGAGGAGGAGCUCGGCGUUCGGGACGGAGAGGACGAAGAGGAGGAGAGGUUGAGCGGUAGCUCCUCUGGUAACGAGGAGGAUGACGAUGAAGAGGAGAUGGAGGGGUCGUACGUUCUGGGGCUGGAGUACAUGAAGAGGGAGCUGCAGAGCUGGAUCCGAACUCCUCGAACCUCGUCGUCUUCUAAAACAGAGGCAGGCCUCCGGGACGAGCUGCAGUGUGGGCCCAACCUGUCCUCCACCUUCAUCUCCUCCUCCUCCACCUCCUCCUCCUCUCAGAACAAGGAGCAGCACUGCUUUCAGAACCGCUCAAAACUAAUAGAAACCAACACUAACAGUGGUAACAACAAGAGAGAUCAGAACGAGCAGGAGGAAGAUGAGGAGAACCGGAGGAACGCAACGAGAAGCUACAUCAGCCAGUUUGUGGACGACGUGGAGAACGGGAACGUGGACCAGAGCUGCUUGAAAGGGAAAGACGAGGACGACGAGCUCCUCCGAGAGGAGUCCAGCGUGUUCACGAAGAAAGGAGAGUCGGUGAGGGAGACGUACGUGUUCGCCAAAACAGGAGAGUCGGUUGAGGAUGUCGGCGACUUGAUAGUGAAAACAGAAUCCACUUCCUGCGAGCUCCUCCCCUUCCUGUCCAAGCGUGGCUCGUCUUUAGUGGGACAGCUGAGAGGGGAGCUGCCCUGCCACAGCGCCUCCCUCCCCUCGCCUCCUUCCCUCUCGCCCGUCGACGACUGCAGAUCCCACGAUGCCUCGCCGGGCGGCAGGCCAGCAGCAGCCGGGGGACGGAAGGCCAUCACCAGCCAGGAAAAGUUCAAAUUCUCCUCUUUCGUGACGGAGGAGACGAGGAGGGAAGUCAGAGACAAAGAAUCGUCCCUGCCUCCCAAAAAACGCCACAGUUCUCACAGUUCUCACUCGUCCUGCUGCAGCCACCUCCCCUCGCCGUCCUCCCUCCGCCCACGCUGCGUAGACGACGGCAGGAAGGAGAACGUGCACGACUUUGUGAUGGAGAUUAUUGACAUGACCUCGGUUGCACUGAAGAGCAAAGAGAGUCAGCCUGAAGACCCGAACCAGACCGACAACAGAGGGUCCGUUCCAGACCAGAGUCCUGCACCGCUAGCACAGAUCAGAGACAAGGUCCUGGAACACUCCCACCGGCCUCUCCACCUCCGUAAGGGAGACUUCUACUCCUACCUGUCUAUCUCCUCCCAUGACAGCGACUGUGGCGAGGUCAGCCAGUGCUCCGAGGACAAGAGCUCCUCUCCGGCGCCCUACAGCAUCCCGUCUUACGCCACGCCGACACAAGGCCUCCGCACCCCCAGCCCCGGCCCCAGAACCACCCCCAGCCCCGGCCUCAGCCCCGAGCUCUUCACAAGCACCAGACUACACAUAACAAACUCUCCUCCGUCUCCCAGACACUCCUCUCCUGGCCUUGACUCCAACAGAUGUGCUCUUGAUUUGAAGUUUGCUGCCGGUAGCCACGCCGGGGAGCCGACUAGCCCCUCGCUAUCCCUGCCCCCGAGCCCAGACAUCAGGGACGAAGUGACCCUGUUUGAGGCCUGUACGGAGGAGGUCUACCUGGGCCCGCCUCUCUGCUACAGCAUGGUGCUCACCAAGAAACCACGGCGCUUCAUGCUGAAGGACGAUGUGGAGUAUUUGUCCUCCCUGGACCCUGACUAUGAACUGAAUCACAGUCUAGCUUACCUGCCUUGUUCAGAAGCAGGUGAUAGUCUGAGCUACCUGUCCCCCUCAAAGGAGUUGGACAGAGACCUGGAUCACCUGUAUUUCCAAGGAUCCAGCCCCACAGAGGAGCCUUAUUACAGCUCCUUUUCCACCUCCUCGCCCUCAAACAGCGUCUCCGCCUCCCUCCGGAGGCCCGGCUCUGAACCAAAAGCUGACAACCCUUCCUCUCCUCCUCCCGUGUCCUCUGGCGGCGAGGAAGAGAGGCGAGGUGAGGACCCGUACCUCCUCUGUGAUGUCGCUGGAGGAGAAGUCGCGGCCGCUGCGAGUGUCAGCGCGCCGCAGGAGGAGAGGAGUCGUAAUGAGGGGCCUCCUUAUCUUAAUCCCCGGGCGCGUGUCGCCCCGAUAGACUCCUCCGCAGCCGAAUGUUUGGCAGAUACUAAAACGCUUGAAUCCAAUAUGGGCGCCGUAAUGACCAAGAUAAGUGUCUGCAGCUCCGCUACAAAUCCCUCAAAAGAGCCAGCCACCACCGCCACGCGUAUUAAUCCCAAAAUUAACUGCUCGGCGAUGAGAGAGGCAGAUAGGGAGGAGGGGGGGCGGCGGCGAGGAGAGGCGGAUGCUCGGCGGGCGAAGCAGGAGGAGAAGGGGAGGAGAGGGCGGAGCGGCUCGCAGCAGGAAGCGAAGACGGCGGCGGAGAAGCAGUCAGCUGUCAGUCACGCCACCAGAACAGCACAAACCUCAGUGAGACCGCCCACCGCGAGAACGAGGACCGUCAGAAGAAUACCUGUGUUGGGAGCAGGAACCUCCAGGAUCCAGCUGUAAGGUAGCUCUCUCUCUCUCUCCAUCUCCUCCCCGCUGAGCUGAUCUCUCUCCUGGGUUUCCUCUCUCCGGCUGCUCCCCUGUCUGCUCCUGGAGCCUUCCCACCCUUCUGAUCUCCCAAAUCUCUCUGCUGUAUCCCAACGGAUCGCUAAGAAACUGGACGGAAAACUCACCCAGCAGUUUCAGGGUUAUACCUUAACAUCCGAUUUCAACUUUUUUCAACAGUAAUAAAGGGUCUGAGUUCAGGGUGGAACUGGAAUGAUUAUGAAGCAGUGUUUACGAUUUGGCAUAUAUCUGAGUGGACAAUACGUAAAAAUUACAUCAAAAUACAGUUUGAUAAAGAA